AAUAUAAAAGUACUAUAUAUUUUACGUUCAUGAAGUUAAAAACUUCUAUAUUCAAUCAAUUUCCUAGAUUUCCUAGAUUUUAAUUGGCAGUUAAAAGUGGCACCGCCACGUGAUGAAAUAACCUUUGAAUACUGCAUCAAGUCAACACGUGACACCAUCACAUUGUAAAACUUGCAACUUUAUUACAGCCCGGCUUCUCUACUUUUAUGAUAAAAAAAAUUGAAACGCUGUCAUCAGUUCAUUAAAAUGGAUGAACAGAAAGAACAAAUUGAUCCAAAUUUAAAUGCAGAUGCAUAUAGAAAUUUGUCUCCAGCGGAUCAACCGCCCAUUCACGAUAAGCAAUUGCAAGUCAUUAUUGUUCAUAAAGAUGAUAGCUUGGUACUUGGAGCAAGUAACAUGGUUGAUCGAUAUUGGAAUGGAUCAGUUUGGUUCUAUAAUGGUCUCACUAAUUUUGAUCGCAAUAAAUACACAGCAGCUCGUAAAACAGAGAGUGGAGUAUGUGUUGCUGCAUAUUUAGACAAAUAUGAUAAAUUUAUUGUUGGAGAAGAGAGUGGUCUUUUAUCAGUUUUUGAAUUAAUCACAAAACCUGAAACUCAACUUCAAGAAUUGCAAUGCAUGGGAUUUUCUUGUCAACAUGACGACAGCUUGACCUCAGUUUCAACAUUCAAAGACAAUGUUCAUAUUGUCACAGGAGGAAUGGAUGCUUGUAUAAAAAUUUGGGAUACAACAGAAAUUCUAGCAACAACUUUCUUCAAUCAAGCUCAAACAGAUAUAAUUACUUGUGUUCAGACUCAAGUGAAUAGCAACUCAGUAUUCUUAUCUACAUCAAUGGACCAUGAAGCUUUGAUUUGGGAUAUAAGGAAAACAAAACCUGCUAUAGGUUUAUGGAAAAAUUCUUGUUGUGGGCUCACAGCUGCUUCAUGGAAGUUUGAUGAUGAGAAUACUGUUGCUAUUGGAGGAAUAGAUGGAAGUAUUGCAAUUUUUGACAUUCGAAAUAUUGGUGUUGCAGUUUAUGAAUUUAUUCAAUUCCCAAGAGGCAUACACAAAUUGUUAUUCAACCCUAAUAGUUCAAAUCAACUGGCUGGUUGUUGCGAUUCUACAGAAAUUAAAGUCUUUGACUCAUCUAAUAAUUACAGUUCUAUUUUUGAAAAUACUGCACAUAAAGAUUUUGUAAGAGGUCUAGCAUGGCAUAAAAGUGACUUAAUAACAUGUUCAUGGGAUAAUACAGUUUUAAGACAUUCCAUUACAACUGAAAAAUUAGUAUAACAAGAAUGUAAACAACUUUGCAUUAUUUUUAAGUUUUUUAAGAUUAAAUAUUGUUUGGAAAAAUGUAAAAAUAAUGUAAUACAAAUGUACAUAUUUGAUUUUUUAUAUUAAAAUAUUUUUUUUACAAACUUAU